UCGUAUUUUUUUAGUUUGGACGCAGGGGGUCAAAUUAGCGGUGGUCCGAGGUCUGAGACCUUCCACUUUUGCAGUCAGACUUUCUUCUUGGUUACUAGCUACGCCCUAUAUGCCCGACGUAUGCCUGUCUACAGUGCUUACAGCACUUUGAUUACCAAACUUGGACAGAAGCUUUUUACGAUCAAAAGAUAGUAUCAACAGGAAUAAUUUUAUUGAUUCUUUUCCCUCAUAUUUGUUGAGCCUGUGAUUAACAGCAAAAGUAGGCGAGACUAUGAAUUUUUGUCGAAAAAAUUAUACUGACAUAAAAAAACACACUUAGAAUCAGGGCCUUUAAUAUCUAGGAUUGUGGUCUACCACUAGGAUAAAGUAGGGAGAAGUGGAAUUUCAUUUCAGUAGUUGCCUUAUGUUUUCAUAUUUAUCUAUGACAUAUAUACAUUAAGGAAAGUUUUUCCUUGCAGAAGAAAAAUAUAUCUGCAAAAUUUUUAUAUGAUAGGUGUAUAUAUUGAUAAACCUUAACCCUUACCAUGCGGUGACCGUCAUAUGAGGGGCGUACCCCGACCACCUUUAUUUGGCACCAAGGUCGUUCCAUACUUUUAGAAGACCACUUUAGGAUACUUAUUUUAAAAGUUGUGCAUGUUCCGUCAACCUGAGGCUAUCCAUGUUCAUGUUUCUCAUGUAUAAGUUGCAUUUUGAGCACAAAUACUGACUAAAAUUGAAGCUGCUGAAACUUAGUUUUCUGGAGGGCUUCACAUCUGUGUCUUACACAGGAAGUUCAGAGGCAUAAAACUUGCAAAAAUAGUGCAAACUCAUGGCCAUAUAACUUCCAAUCGUUAUUAUUAUUGAAAUACGCAUAGGAAAUUACCACUUCCAGUUUCGUGUCAAUUUGAAGUCAAAAAUCAGAAAAAAAAUGGUGAAAUUCCGUAUUUUUGGUCCAAAUGACCUUCUGUAGACUGCUGAACCAAGAUCAGAUUCAAUCCCACCUAACAACGGUUGGGGUCAAUUUAUUAACUAGGGUCCACUCUACAUGGAGGCUUUACCAGCAUCCCUGGGUCUUCUGGGUCAAGAGAAAGUACGUAAAAUCGUCAAAAUUGACGCUUUUGUACCUGAUGACCAACAUUUCAGGUCAUAGAAAUAUCUUCAGAAGAGAUAUAUCCUUAGUUGGCUGUAACAGAAAUAGAGAAAAAGAGGAAAUUCUUCAUGUUCUCAAUAUUUGUUUUUUUUUGUCAAGAAUGAUUGUAAUACAUGUAUAUUUCAAAUGUCAGAUGAAUUUUUAUUAUUCAGAGGAGCAAUAGAUGAGGAUGAGGCUCUUGAAACAGCUAUUCAAGAAAGUGUUGAUGAAUAUACUAUAACCUCAAAAUCUGAAGAGCGUGAGUCAGCAUAUGGAAGGUAUGAACAAGUACAGGGUAGAACACCAGAAGAGGUCAGGGGUAUUGUAUCAGCAUGGGCAGAUAGCAAAAUAUCUGGGGUGGAUAGAAGGCUCAUUGUAUCCAGAAAUACAGUUUUCAAAUCUUCUCUGAUGUAUUUCAAGAGGGAUGCAUUUGUCAAGAAAGCUAGCCUUUUAAAGGUCAGUUUUACAUCAGAUGAAGGUAGUGUGGAGGAUGCAGCUGAUGCAGGGGGACCCAGGCGUGAAUAUUUCCGACUUCUCUGGCAGUCUGUCAUUGAGUCCAGUGGUCUUGUUACAGGUUGCCGUAAUAGAGGAUAUACUUUGCGCCCUAAUUAUGGUGCCCAGGCAAGAGGGGAAUAUAUAGCUUUGGGUAUUAUGAUGGCCACAGGGAUUAUACAGGGUUCGGAAGCACCUGCACUAUUUGUUCCCUCAAUGGUGGAUGCAAUUGUGGGAACUUCAACAGUCAUAAGUCAGGUUGAUGAUGUGGUAGAAGAAUACUAUCACCAACAGCUAAACGAGGUUGAAAAUGCAACUUGCGACAAUGAAGUUAGAGAAGCAGUUGACAAAAAUAGAUGGUGGGAAGAGAUAGAUGGAAUAAUGUCGAGGGUAACAAUGGAUAAUAAGGAGGAAUUUAUUGGAGUUGCAGCCUCUUAUCUGACCACACUCAGAUGCAGCUCAAUGAUCACUGAUUUGAAGAAGGGGCUGGAAACAUAUGAUGUACUAAAACUAGUCAUCAAGGAGAAUCUAAGAGAUCUGUUCGAGUACAAAAAGGUCAGAAUCAAUUCGUCUGACCUUUUGGCAUUACUGAAGCCAAGGUUCUCCCAUGAUCCAAGGAAGAAAGAGCACGAAGAAUUGGUGCUAGUCAAUUUUCAUCAUUUUGUUGAAUCAAUUCAAGACAAUGAACUGGAGACAGUCCUUAAAGAAGGAGAUGUUAUUCUUACAACGACAAUGAAUGAGUUCAUCAGAGAAUUAGAGCCAAAACAUAUCCUUGUUUUUGCAACAGGAUCAAGCAGAAUACCCACAACUGGGUUCCAUCCAAAACCUGCGGUGACAUUUCACCAUGACAAUACACAAUACUUUCCAUGUGCAGUGACUUGUUCAAAUGAGUUGCAGUUGUUUGUAAAUGCUGCAAAUACCAAUCUGUAUGUAUUUGCAAGUAACUUUUUGGUUGGGUUGAUGAAUGGAGGUACUUUCAGUAAAUGUUAAUGUAUAAACAGUGAUUGUUGCUCAGACCAUUGUAGAUUACUGUACAUUAAAUGUUAAGCUAAUAUAAACAAAACAAAUAUUAGCAUAAUGCUAUUUCUUGGCCACACAUUAGCUUUAACUUAAAAUAAAAUAAAAUGAAAAUAAUCCUAUUCAUUUUUUCAUCAUUAGCCACAAGUCAGAUAUGAAUCAAUCCAAAUGUUGUAGAAUUUUAAAAUUAUCAAUUACAGAAAUGAAUGGGAACUGUUGACUAAAAAAGUUAAUCUGUUCACUCACAUUUUUGAAGAAAAACUUUCAAAAAUUAAUGAUACACUUGUAGAGAUUUAUUUUUUUCAUUUAAUGAACUUAGAUGACUUAGUGGCAAAACAAUUGCAAUAUAGCCAAAGUUGCUUCUUAUAAUUUUAUCUGAUGAUGAAAAGAAUUUGUACUUUUUUUGGUCAAUUUUGGAUGCAAGUAAUGCCCUGACCACAUUGAAGUUCUUUGUAUAUCAUUUUUAUUUAAAAGUAGAUAUUUAUCAUACAAAUCAUUUAUAUGAGUAGUAAUGGCCAAAUUUGAUAUGACGGUUGUUUUGUUGUUUUUUGCAAUAUUUUAUAUUUUGUUUUUGAUGCAUCACUUAUUUACAUCAUAAGCAUUGAUGUUUAUGGGAAGCCAUUCUUGUCAAAACUAUGUUUACGCCAUUUUUCCAAAAAUUUACACAAUGAGAAUUGAAAAUUGAAAAUUAUACACUGAGAUUAAAUAAACUGAAAAACACACACUGAGAAUUGAAAAUUACACACUAAGAUUUAUAUGCACACUACUAAUGAAUAUAAUAAGGAUGAAGUUUUCAUUUUCCAUUUGCGAUAUAAAUUUGUGAUUCCCAAACCAUCUUUUAGCUACGUAUUCUAGAAAUUUGUAUUCACCGCCAUCUUGGUCAGUAUCAAUGUUGUAUUCCAUCUCUUGCAACCACUCUGGCAUAUCCACUGUUGACAGCUUUACAUUCCAGUAUCUCUUCAAAACAGACCUUGCCUUAUCAUAGAAACUUUUUGGCUUCAUAAUGAUUUUCUCCUUGUCAUUGAUUACAUACUCUAUAAGUACAUUUGUCCCAGGAAGGACAAUGCCAUGUUCUCCACAUGUCACAAAAUCCACAUUUUUAUUUUUUUUUAAAUCUCAGUGACUAAAUUCUUUGAAUAAUGGCUUAAACAUAGUUUCAACAUAGUUUUGACGAGAAUGGCUUGGCAUAGAGGUUUAAGUAGUUCAUUCUAGUCAUGUUUGAUGUUAGUAGAAUUAAGUUUACAAGCAUUUUUUUCAAUAUAAAUACUCAAUUUGUUUUACGUGUGUACAUAUAUUUCUUAUCGUUGUGCACCUUACAUGUUUUUCUAUUGCCUUUACUGUGCGUGGUGAUAUAUUAUUUUUAUAAGACAGCAACAAAAUGUGUGGUUUUAUUAUUGUAUAGGUGUGUUCGUCGUACUAGACAAAUGUUCCUGAAAUUUUUAACAUAAUGGUCCUUGCCACUAAAUGAAGCAUGACAUUUGAAACUGAGAUUGUAACCCCACUUGUUUCAAAAGAAGAGGGCCAAAGGGGCCAAUAAGGGUGUGUUCUUAUUUCAAUGUGGAUCAUUUAUUUUGAUACUGAUUUUGAUGAUAUUUUUGGUCAGGUUGGACAAAGUUCAAAACCUGUUUAUCGAUGGGCGGGGAAAAGUAGGUACAUAAAUUGUGUAAUCAAUUCUCCUACAGUUUUCAUCCCAGACCCCUGAAACUUCACAGGAAGAUUGUCAGAUGUUAGCUCAAGUUUUUCUUCUUUUAUAGAUUCAUAAUGAAAUAGACUGCCUGUGAUUUUCCAAACAAAUUUGAUUGACCUAUAAAGGGGGCUAAAAGGACUGAUGUCCAAACUAUUUACAACGUCCUACAUGUAUUUAAAACUACAUGUGUUCUAUCAUUUACAUCAAGACUUGCUGUGUUUUUAUUAAGCUGCCGCUACAUAUAGCCCUACAUAUGCCUUUCCUGUGCAAUUCCU